UGACGCAGCAACCAGUAGCAAACGACCCGAACGAGAACGACUCCUCACGUCCCCCCGCAGGUCAGCCAAUACCCCACAUUGCCCGAGGGAUCUUCCGGCUUGAAGUCUCCCACGGUCUGAUUAGAUGCCGCAGUGCUCGACCCGUGUGCAACGAAGACGAAGUCAAUCUUGCCGCUGCCCUUGCCCUUGCAGAGGACCUGCAGGACGCCUUGGAAGUUACCAGAUACUUUGCUUGUGCCUGGUGCGGAGGGGUGCGAGGAGAAGAGAGAGACAUGAGCCGACCGGUCGGCGUGAGGGAACGCACGAGAGAGUGGGAAGAUUCAGGCCUCAACGUACCAGGCCCGACGCCGAACCAUUCACUGCAGUAGCUACCGAUGACUUCAGUUUGGCCGGCUGGAGGAUCCCAGAACCAGCUGACGACGGUGCCGUUGAUCCUACAAAGGGUGAAUAUCUGUCAGAUCGAUGUCAGAGGCAUGCAACAGGGCGUGCUCAUCUCACUCGAGAACGUGGUACUCGUCGAGGCACGGAGUUCCUCUUUUGAGGGCGUCUGUAGCCGAGGCAAUGGUGAGCAACGCGCUGAAGGCGCAGGGUAGGAGGAUGCCGAGCAUGGCGAGGGACGCAAAGGCAGGGAAGAUGGGCUGAGUCGUGAGCAUGAUGAUGGUGCGGCAUUGAGAGGCAG